AUGACCAAAGACAUGAAGGACGAGUCGUUCAGGAGAGUGCUGGAGGUUUCAGAACCCCUGAAAAUUGAAGGACACGACAUCGCUUUCAUAUUAAACGAAGAGACUGUUUCAUUCCAGUGAAGAAGAAGGAGGCGGAAAGCGAGGUGGAUCGUGAUCGAAUCGAGUGGCGUUUCUCCACAUUAAUUUUGUCUCUCACAGGUAUUUUCUUUUUAGGGGAGGGGGGUUGCUGUUAUGGGUGAUUUUUCAGUUCAAAUUACUCCUGAACUUGUUAAUCGGUUCGCUAAUGACGGGGAAAAAUUAAAGAAGAAAGCAAAGAAGACUAUACCUAAGACCCGACGAGAAACUCCCCUGCUCAAAGCUAAGGUGAAUGAGAAACAGCAGCGUGAUGAUUCUGAAACACACAAACGGAUUGCUUCUCCAGGAUGGCCAGUUCAACCUCCACUGUACUUGCCAAUAACCCAACCUGUACAUCCUGCAAAUGCCGAGUUGGAUGCAAUCCGAUCAGUCAUUCAAGAGAGCGAGAGGGUUCUGGAAAAGUUCCAGAAGCAGGAGGAUAACAUGGUGGAGCAAGUAACUGAAAGAGCCAAGAAUCUCCGUGAUAAGGAAUUCAAGCUUCCAAACCAGAAGCCUAUGCCAUGUUUGGUUGAUUAUAAUGCUUGCAGGGCGUGCUACAAGGAGCAUGCUGAUGAUAUUCUGAAAUGUGCCCCCCUCACUAAGAGUUAUUAUGAAUGUGUUCGCAGAGCUAAGCAGCAACAGAAUUCAGCAGAUAAGUAGACUUUCUUGGAAGAAAAAUUUUCAAGUGUUAUACAUGAUUCCAACCUAAAUGUGGGUUUUGAUAGAUGAGACAAUUACAUAUUUGUGGUCCAAAUAAACCAAACACUAAUUGCCAUAUUCAGAAUGUAAGCUGUGCUGUCAUAGUGCAUUUAGGAUUUUGUUACACUGAUUGCUUCUGUCUCUAGACAAUGUUGCAAUUCUCAUGGCAAGCACGUACAGUGUUAAAAUUUCUUUUGGAACCUGUCAGUGAAAGUUGAAUACUGUUGUGGUGCA